CCGAAAGCCCUGCUAUUUAAGCACGCAUGGCAGGCCUCUCCUAGCCACGCCUGCACGCCUUCAGCCUCGAACUCUCUCUUCCCCAUGGAAACAGGCCAGACAGUCCGGGAAAGCGCCCUGCACGCCGGGCGGCAGGCUUGGUGGCCUUUGGACGCCAUGGCAUGCAGCUUGGGCGACACCACCACCAGCGGCGGCGGCGGCUUCCUCCUUGGAUGGGAUCCGCAACUCAGCUACUUCGGUCUAGGAGCAUGGGGAGCUGGCACCGGCGAUCUUGAUAGCUACCAGCGUGAGCUUGAGCUCGUCGUCCCCAAAUGCAUGGAGUCCCCAGUGUCGGAGGCGUCAACGGCGGCGGUCACCGGCUUGCCGACGCCGCAGAAUGCGACGGCGAUGCCCGUGGAGCUGGAUGAGCUACUCCAGAGCUUAUGGGGCUCGGACGAGGAGGAAAUCGCCGUGGGCUUCACUUCCGGCAGCCCUCUGAAGGAGGCGAGCGCUGUCUCUUCCCAAUGUAGGGAUUCAGAAGCUGGUUUGCUCGCAGAUGAUGAUCAUUUCGCUCUGAACCCAAUUCUGCCGACAUGCCCGGAGAAGGCUCUGACACAGCCACAAGCAGAGCCUCCCUGUUCCUCCUCAUCUCACUGCAACGUCGACCCAUGGGCCACUGACACCGGUGUCGCCCAAAGCCUGACGACUCGCGCCAACUGCUCGUCCAAGCGCCCGGCACCGGAAGAGAAAGAGGAGGGUGACGGAAGAUGCAAGAGGAGCAGGAGGGCGCCGUGCUCCGGCGCCGGGACAGUGGCGCGCCCGUUCACCGUGGUGAAGCCCGGCGGCGCGGACGGCAGCGUGACGCUCGCCGACAUCAACGAGUGGAUCCUCACGCCGCCGGCACGCCCCGUCCAGCACCCCGUGGGGGAGUUCGCGUGCCCCCCGCGCGUGGCGGCGGGCAGCCGGCCGGCGCCGUCGGGCAAGGCGGUGGCCGGCUUCACCAGGCUCCGCACCGCGGGGAGGGGCACGAUCACCAUCGUAAGGACACGGGGAUGAAUGGAUUGCAUUGUAGUGCAAGCAUAUCUACUGUAAAUUUGUGGCUGAUUGUUCUGCGAAAUUGUAAAAAGGAAACUGAUGAGGUUUAGUGAGGACGAAUGCGGCCCAAAUCACAGUGAACGAUGAUGAAUCUGAAACCUAGUUGGAUUCAUGCCAAGAAAAGCAAAGAAGAUUGCCGUGAAACCUUGUUGAGGAGCUUCAGUUCAACCACGAUUCAGAAACACGGUCGGGCUGUUGUACUGUAUCCCGGGACAAGAGGCUCGUACUGAGAAGCCGUGUGCCGCCCGUAACAAUUGUACUGGUUGAGGCCCGUCCUGAAGAACCGUGUGCCGUAACACCUGGAAGUUAACGCAGCCGUGCAAGUUACGGCCGUGCAGAUACGAGCUCAGUGCAAGUUGGGGGAAUCCGAGGAGACCCAGCUCAGAGGACUGAAGCUGAUGGUAUAGAACAAGCCCAGGAAGUAGCUGUCAGGUUGAUAGUCCUCAUACUCUGGAUACCACUCUGGAGGCUGCAGCUGCUUCCAGACAGAGGAGCAAAGUAAAUUGCCGACCUGAAGCAGGGCCGCGCAAUGUACUUAUGAUUUUCUUCCAUUAUCUGUGUUCAAGAGGGCUCAUCGUUAUAAAUCGAAACUAAGAGAUCUGCCUCCA